AUGGCCGAUGUAGCGGUGACUGAGACCACUGUACACGACCAGCAUCCAGCAUCUGGCAAAGUCUUUCCUGAAGAAGAAGAAUUCACUGCUGGCGUUGGAGACUCGCUACAGCGCUUCGACACCAUACCCGACCUAGCUCCUCCAAUAAACAAGAAGCGUAGGAGAACAGGUGCUUCGUGGGCCUCCAAGCUAUCGGCUGCUCUCUCUUCGCCCUUUGCUCGUAUGGCCAACUGUGGGCCAGUAUUCACACGCCAGCGGAAAUCAAACGCUGUAUUCAGGGUCGAGUACGCUUGCAAAGGAGCUGGUAUAAACGCACCUUCGAGGGAAGAUCGUGUAGUUGUCAUUGAGGACUAUGAGAGCUUUGUACGAGACGGAUACGCAGCAUACGACACUAGGAAAUUCGGUGAUGUAAAGCCUGGACCACCGCCAUCUUCAUCAUUCAAGACACCUGAAAUAACAGGGAGCCAUCCAGAACAAACUCCAGUAGAAAACUUCAAACUAUUCGCCGUAUUCGAUGGUCACUGUGGAGCCAUAGCUUCGACAUUCAUGCAGUAUCGAUUCCCAUAUGAACUCGCUGGCACUACCGAGUUCCACAAUGGCGAUUAUAAACAGGCUCUAACUGUAGCCUUCCAACGGGCUCAUGCGGCCUUGUUAGAAUGUAAAUCAUAUGCUCCUGAAGCUCCAUCCAAUGACUUCUCAUCUGGUUGUACCGCCUCGGUUGUCCUCGUUACUCCAACAGUCACCUACUUUGCUAUGGUUGGCGAUUCACCCAUCAUGAUUUGGAAGCAAAAUCAACCCAAUCCUGAAUUGCUAUUUAAGGAACACGAUGCUGGUAUGCUGUUUAUCUUGAUACUUGUGGGAAAAACUGUCAUUGAAUUGACAAUACUUAAAACUGCUUUAUUAGACAACCCAAACAUCUUCCCCCAAAUUGUUGGAUCCAACAUGUUCCUUGUCAUGGUCCGUGAAGUAGAUCUUCAUAAUGUAUACUACAUAGUGACCAGUGCAGGAAUGAGAGCAAAACUAUUGGACUUGGCAGCUGCAUCAUCAGCCGAUGAACAUGAUUCGGUAGUAGUAACACCUCAACCCAAUGGUGUGAGUGUCGUCGUACCCGAAGACGUUGAAGAAUCCAUAGAUUCAGAUGAACAAGGAAAAGAUACAGCAGUCAUGGAAAAAGAUGGUGAUACUGAAAAGACAAUGAUUCAUGACGAGAAAGCUCUUGAAGCCAUCAAACCUCCUGAGUUCUCAGCUAUACCAGGAGCUGACGAAGAAGACGAAGAAAUACAGUUUGAUGACUUGCGUAUUGGAAUGUCGGCUCUGAAUGUAUUUGGGACGUUGGGGGAUUCAUUCUAUGAUCCUCAAGUCUUUAAUACAUUUAUCGAUGAGCUAGUAGUAUUCCGGCAAGACCGUGUAUGGAGAUAUAAUAACCAUGUAGAAAAAGUAAAAACAAACCCCGCUGAACUAGAUCCAAAGAAACGACGAUCAACUGGUGAUGGCACGUCACGUAAAACACCCAAACGAAAUCGUAAAGACACUCCCGAAAGCACCGUCCCUAUAAGUAGCAGUGUAUCACCAACAAUAGGUACCACCCCCGAUGGAACGACUCCCAUCUCGCCCGUAUCAGCAACUGGUCCACAAGUACCAAGUGUGAAAUUCGCAUUUGAAAAAAUGACAUCGUUGUCGGAUUUGGAAGGUGUAAAUCCCCUAGAAUUCCCAUAUAGCGAGCUACGUGAGUGGAUGUUGGCAAGACCUGCUUGGGGCUUCUUGUCAAAACACUUGUCAUUGCUGAAAAAGGAAACUCAAAUGUCGCGGGUCUUGUUGAGUGCUGUCAGAGGAUUGGAUCAUCGUCAUCAUCUUGCUUCUCCUGGAUUGGUCAGAGUACCUGAUGUGACUUCGAUUCCAAACCACGAAUUACGAUCCUUUGUCGUUGCCUCUGAUGGAGUCAUUCGAUUCUUCAAGAGAUUCAAAAAAGUCUUUCAGGAAAUCAUUAGCCGUAAUGCAGAAACACCUGAAAAAUGUGUGGAAGAAAUGAUGAAUAACCUCAAAUGGCUGCGUGAUGAUCGAUCCAUCAUUGUAUGCCGAUUUGGAAUCAAGCUCCCUCAACCAGUCUAA